AUGGGAAAUAGCAACGCUAGAAAGAUUUUCGAGCAAUUGGAUAAAGAUAAAUCCGGAAAAGUUAGUUUGAGCGAGCUGUUAAAUUCGGAUGAGCAGCUUGGCUCCUCAUUUUCAUCUCUUACCACGCUUUAUCACUUCGAUUUGGGAAAAGAGGGAAAACUCAAUUACAAAGAGUUCGUAGAAAUGGACAAGUUCGUUCAGCGCAUUAAACACCAGGUCGAAAAAGAAACGGAAGAUAAAGAGAAGCAUUUACAUGAGAGUCAUCAUCAUUCAGCCACAUCAGACGUAGCAUCAAUUAUUGGAAAAUUGUUUGGCAGAAGUACAAGCAACGAAAAUUUAGAAAACCACAAUCAAUCACUUGAUACCUUGUCUUCGUAUGGCUCUGGCAACGUUUCUCCAACAAGCGCAGAAAAACUCUCUGUGAAAUUCUUUGCUUCACCUUCCAAAUCGCCAACAUGCAAGAGAUUGACAUCAGAACAUGCCUUUUCAGAUUUGGUAAAGGACCGUGUCAAUUACGAGCUAUUACCUGCCUUGCACAAGGAAAUGUUUUGUAAGGAAGGGCGAAAGAAUUUUUUGAACUGGCUGUUUAAACUGUCUGACGUUGACCGUAGUGGUAGAAUUUCCCGAAAACAACUGGAACUGAUUCUGAAAGCAGUUCAAAAGGACGGAAUAGAUCUUGAAUGUCUACUGUUUGACACAGACAGUGAUGAAGAACACAAUCAUCAUUCUACCAACAUUACUAAUCACAUCCUAACCCAUGAAGAAGAGGUUCAAAAGUUCAAUAGAUUGGUAGAUCGAAUAAUGGAUGAGUAUGAUGUAGAGGGCCACGGAUUUUUAAAUCAGCAAGAAUUUAUGAAGUUAGGAGAGAUAAUUUUGACCAAAUAUGAAGCACUUCAUCUUGAGAACACUGAUUCAAAGAUUAUUGGUGAUUGGAAAAUGACCCAUAUACUUGGCCGUGGAAGCUAUGGAGUUGUAAGAUAUGCUCACCAUGUUGACGAUUACAACGAAAAGAGAGCCAUAAAAAUCAUUAAGAGAGGUAAUGUGAGCGACAUGUCAAGACUGGACAUUGAGAUUCAAGCGAUGCAAAUGCUGAAACACAAAAAUGUCGUACAAUUGUAUGAAGUACUUGAAGAUGACGAAUAUGUGUAUCUUGUUAUUGAAUUAUGCGGAGGUGGCUCUCUCUAUGAACACAUCAAGGACAAACCUUUUGAUGAGAAAUUGGCCAGAUAUUAUUUCAAUCAACUUGUUGAUGGGCUGUCCUACUGCCACGAAAUGGGAGUUUGUCAUAGAGACCUGCGUCUUGAAAAUUUGUUACUUGAUAACGAAGGGCAUUUAAAGAUUACUGACUUUGGUCAAGCAAGAAUUUUUAAGAAAGGUUGGGAUUUGUUUUCAACUCAACUUGUAGGAAGUUUAUAUCAUCUUUCUCCAGAACAAAUUGAAGGAAAGGUUUAUGCUGGAGAGAAAAUAGAUAUUUGGAGCGCUGGUAUUAUUUUAUACUGUUUCGUCACAUCCAAACUUCCUUUCUGCUCUUCUGACGUAAAUACCAUGUUUGAUGACAUCAAGAACGCUAGAUAUACAUAUCCUGACGAUGUUGAGGUCUCUGUGGAAUGCCAAGAGCUGAUUUUUGGUAUGCUUCAACCUAAUCCAAAAGUUAGAGCAACUCUCAAACAGAUAAAAGAGCAUAGAUGGACCAAAGGACCACAGAGCCAACCAAACUUGAUGCUUGAAACUAUGUUAUUGAAUGGAUUCUUUGAAAAGAACAAGCACAUUCCAAAUCUCCACAAAAUUAUCGGAAGAAUUCUUAUGGACAUUUUAAAGCAAUUUGAUUGCCACUUUAAAGUUGAGGUGAAGAAGAAGGAUAUUAGGCUUCCAACAAGCAGCAGCCAAGUGUUCAUGGGGAAUACAUCCACUGUCAGUCAAAUGGUUAGAGUUUCAUCUGAUUCAGAUAUGUCAUGCAAGAGUGACAGGAGUGAAGACGGAGAAAAAGAUGAGCUUCCUUAUACUCCUCAUUCUGCCUCAGAUAUGCGGUCGUCAGCCAGCUGCUCCAUGAUUGAUGGUCCACGACAAAAACCGAUAUUAACCAUUGAUACAACCAUCAAAAAGAGUCCUAUACAUGCUUUAAGCACAGAUGCUUCUCCUCUCCUCCUUCAACCAUUUCUUAUUUUGAGAUGCAUCCAUGCAAAGAAAGAUGUUAAAUUUUUAAUUACUGCAGAGGAAACAGAAAACAACUCUCUCGCCAUUAUUUUUGCAUUACGGGACGGAGAAACAAAAGAAUUCAAAAGUAAGGUAGCAAAAAUGAAACCAGAGAUUAUGACCAGAUUGACAUCGUAG